GUGGAAAGUAACAACUUAUUUAAGUGCUGCCGUCAGCUGGCCUGCAGCUGUGUUGGAAACUACAGAUGUUGGCGAGGUGCCGUUUCCUGGCUGCGAAUGCUCUACGGCCCUCGAUAAGAACCAUCACAUGCAGAGCAUCCGAUUUUUACACGGACCCCUCAAAGAACCAGGAGCUUGGGGUUUCUACAUCCCCCGACAUUUCCCCAAAGCAACGGGAAAUUCUGGAUAGAGCACUGCGCGUGGAUCAGGCUGGUGAAAUUGCGGCUAAUUGGAUUUAUCGAGGACAAUUCGCUGUCCUUGGCCGCGACCCACGAGUUGGACCCUUGAUUCAAGAAAUGUGGGACCAAGAAAAAUUACAUUUAGAAGUGAUGGACAAAUUACAGCUGCAACAUGAGGUACGACCGACAUUGUUGUCCGACGUCGCCAAAGUUACUGGCUAUGCACUCGGAGCGGCGACAGCCCUCAUGGGCAAAGAAGCAGCCAUGGCUUGCACAGAGGCAGUAGAGACUGUCAUAGGAGAACACUACGAUGAUAAAUUCAGCCAACUGAAAGACUUUGAGUUGUUGCCAUCAUCCCAUCCAAGCAUCCCACUUCUGAGGGACGUUAUCAAAGAAUUUAGAGAUGACGAAUUAGAGCACUUAGACAUCGCUGUUGAGCAUCACUCUCAGCGAGCCCCUGCGCAUGCACUACUUAGCGCAGUUGUCGCUGGUGGUUGCAAGGUGGCCAUAGAAUUAUGCAAGAGAUUCUGA